GGCGGCGGUGCGGGUGGGAGCGGCUGUCUGUCCGUCUGUCUAUUUGGGGGUCUCUGCUGCUCUGUCAUACCCUGGACCCCCUUAGCCCCAAAAUACCGAGGUAGACCACACAAGGCAUGACAUGAUCUACUGAAUGUGGACCUGGACAAGCCGCUUAGGAUAUUGGCAUCGUGGCCCAAGAAGCUGACCUCCACGAUAAGGAUACGCCAUGGAACAGUUCAGUUGCUUUCACCUUUCUUUCCUUCUCAUAGUGUAUUCUUCUGUCAGAAGAUCGUCCACCUCCCCGUUGCCGAGCUUUACCGUGUCGGACACAUCUCUGACUCAUCUGGCCGUGCACAAGCACACGGGUGACGUCUACAUCGGUGCUGUCAACAGAAUAUACAAGAUGUCGGAGAAUCUGACCGACCUGCGCUCCCACUUGACUGGCCCGAUUGACGAUAACUCCAGCUGCUACCCCCCACCUUCUGUGCGUCACUGCACCCACAAGCUGUCCCCUUCGGACAACGUCAAUAGACUCUUGUUGAUCGACUACACGGGUAAUCGGGUGGUGGCCUGCGGCAGUGUGUGGCAAGGGAUUUGCCAGUUUUUGAGGUUGGACAAUCUCUUUAAGUUGGGAGAGCCCCAUCACCGCAAGGAACACUAUUUGUCGGGGGCAAGAGAACCCGACUCCAUGACCGGAGUCAUUGUAGAACAGGAUGCCAAUCAGAGUAAACUUUUUAUCGGAACGUCCAUUGACAGUAAAUCAGAGUAUUUUCCCACCCUUUCCAGCCGCAAACUCUUGAGGAACGAGGAGAAUGAGGAGAUGUUUCGUCUGGUGUACCAGGAUGAGUUUGUGUCUUCUCAGAUCAAGGUCCCUUCCGACACGCUUUCCCUGCACCCCUCCUUUGACAUUUACUACGUGUACGGCUUCGUCAGCGGUGGGUUUGUGUAUUUCUUGACCCUACAACUGGACACGCAGCAAACGCUACUGGACGCCACUGGAGAAAAGUUCUUUACAUCCAAGAUUGUCCGCAUGUGCUCCAAAGACCCAGAGUUUUACUCUUACGUAGAGUUUCCCAUUGGAUGCACCAAGGACGGGAUAGAAUAUAGACUCAUCCAAAGCGCGUAUCUUAGCCGGCCUGGCCAAAAACUAGCCCAAGAGCUAGGGAUACCAGAAGAUGAAGAUGUCCUCUACACAGUCUUCUCUCAAGGUCAGAAGAACCGAUCCAACCCUCCCCGCGAGUCCGUCCUCUGCCUCUUCACCCUCAGCCAAAUCAACAAAAGCAUCAAGGAGCGAAUCCAGUCCUGCUACCGGGGAGUAGGAAAGCUGUCCCUGCCGUGGUUACUUAAUAAAGAGCUGAACUGCAUUAAUUCGCCUAUACCCAUCCAUGAUGGCUUCUGUGGCCUGGCCUUAAACCAGCCCAUCGGUGGCCUGAAGGUGAUCGAGGGGCUUCCGCUCUUUGAGGAUAAAGCGGACGGCAUGGCUAGCGUGGCGGCUUACAGCUACCAUGGGCAUUCUGUGGUUUUCGUGGGCACCCGAGCUGGAACGCUGAAAAAGAUUCGCGUAGACAGCCCCGCAGAUGCCAUCUUGUACGACACGGCGGCCGUGGUGCCAGGGAAGCCCAUACUGAGGGACAUGGUGUUCAGCCCGGACUGGCAGUCUGUGUACAUCCUCAGCGAGAAGCAGGUCAGCCGCGUCCCCGUGGAGAGCUGCCAGAGGUAUAACACGUGCAGAGAGUGUCUGGGGUCCGGAGACCCUCAUUGCGGCUGGUGUGUCCUGCACAGCAGGUGCUGCCGAGAGAGCGAGUGUGAGCGGGCGUCCGAGCCGCACCGGUUUACCAGUGACCUGAGUCAAUGUGUCCGCCUGGAAGUGACGCCCAAUAACGCCUCCGUCAGCGUCCCCGAGCUGCAGCUCAAUCUGUCCGUGCAGAACGCCCCCAAUAUGUCGGCGGGCGUCACCUGCAUGUUUGAGGACUUGGCGGAGAGCGAGGCCGUCCUGGGAGAUGGAACCAUUCAGUGCUCGUCCCCUUCUCUGCGGGACAUUCCCGGGAUUACCGGAGGACAAGGGGCUCUGCACACCGUCCAGCUGCAUCUGAAGUCUAAGGAGACCGGCCUGAGGUUUGCCAGCACCGACUUCGUCUUCUACAAUUGCAGCGUCCUCCAGUCGUGCCUGUCCUGUGUGAGCAGCCCGUACCCCUGCCACUGGUGCAAAUAUCGCCACAUCUGCACCCACAACGCGGACGAGUGCUUCUUCCUGGAGGGGCGAGUCAACAACACGGAGGGCUGCCCGGAGAUUAUUCCCACCGGCGAGAUCCUGAUACCGGUCGGCGUGGUGCAGCCGAUCACUCUGAAGGCGAAGAAUCUCCCGCAGCCCCAGUCCGGCCAGAAGAACUACGAGUGCGUCUUCAACAUCGAGGGGAAGGUCCAGCGCGUCCCGGCCGUCCGCUUCAACAGCAGCAGCGUGCAGUGUCAGAACACGUCUUACACGUAUGAAGGGAACGAGUCCGGAGACCUGACGGUCGACUUCUCCAUAGUGUGGGACGGGCAUUUUUACAUCGACAAACCAGCGGCCUUCAAAGCUCUGCUCUACAAGUGUCCGGCUCAGCGCGACAGCUGCGGCCUGUGUCUCAAGGCAGAUCCGCGCUUCGAGUGUGGCUGGUGCGUGUCGGAAGGGAAAUGCCUCCUGCGACAGUACUGCCCCAACUCCAAGGCCAACUGGAUGCAUCUCAGCAAAAGGAACACCCGCUGUACCAACCCCCAGAUCUAUGAGAUCCAUCCUCUCACUGGCCCCAGAGAGGGAGGGACACGGGUGACCAUUACAGGGGCCAACCUCGGCUUGUACUUCAGAGAGGUGUGGGUGCAAGUAGCCGGGGUGCAGUGUGCAUCCGUGCCCUCACAGUACAUCAGCGCUGAAAGGAUAGUGUGUGAGAUGGAGGAGUCGCUUGUUCCUAAACCCGCCCCUGGUGUGGUUGAGCUGUGUAUCGGAGACUGCAGCUCUGACUACAGGACCCAGUCCGACCAGCUUUACACCUUUGUGACUCCAAUUUUUCAUGAUGUGCACCCCACUCGUGGCCCGUCCUCUGGAGGUACUCGACUCGUCAUCAGUGGUAAAAACCUGGACGCCGGAAGCUCAGUGUCUGUCCUCAUCAGAGACUCCGAGUGCCGAUUUGUCAAGAGGAAUCUGCAUGAAAUUGUCUGCAUCUCGCCAGCAUCCGCUCAGGGCCCCAGCCCGGCGACCAUCACCCUGAGGAUAGAUAAGGCCAGCAUAUGGAACCGAGAUGUGAUCUACAUGUACACUGAGGACCCCACCAUCACCCGCCUGGAACCAGCAUGGAGCAUAUUCAACGGCAGCACUGCAAUCACCGUGAGCGGGACUCAUCUACUGACCAUUCAAGAGCCCAAAGUUCGCGCCAAGUAUUCCGGCAUAGAGACGAUCAACACCUGCCAGAUAAUUAACGACACCCUGAUGGUCUGUAAGGCCCCUGGUAUCUAUCCCCCGAAUGGCGGGGUUGUUCCCGAUGACGGGGUCCCACCAGAUGAGUUUGGCUUCAUCUUAGACAAUGUGACGAGUCUCCUUACCUUGAACUUUACCUCAUUCAUCUACUACCCCAACCCCGUGGUGGAGAUGUUUGGAUCCGGUGGGGUUUUGGAGAUCAAACCAGGGUCACAUGUCAUCCUAAAGGGAAGAAACUUGCAGCCUGCUGCCCCCGGAGGAGCCAAGCUGAAUUACACUGUGCUGAUCGGCGAUGUGCCGUGCGCUCUCACUGUGUCUGACACCCAGCUGCUGUGCGACUCCCCCAGUCAGACCGGAGAGCAUCGGGUCACUAUCCUGGUCGGCGGGAUGGAGUUCUCCCCGGGAAGCCUUCGGAUCUACUCGGACAGUUCCCUAACUCUCCCGGCCAUCGUGGGGAUCGGAGCUGGAGGAGGCCUGCUGCUUCUGGCCAUCAUUGCCGUCCUCAUUGCCUACAAGAGGAAAACGAGGGACGCCGACCGCACGCUCAAGAGGCUCCAGAUGCAGAUGGAUAACCUGGAGUCUCGGGUGGCGCUGGAGUGCAAGGAAGCAUUUGCCGAGCUCCAAACAGACAUCAAUGAGCUGACCAAUAACAUGGACGGCGUGAAGAUCCCGUUUCUGGAUUAUAAGACGUACGCCAUGCGGGUCCUGUUUCCUGGCAUAGAAGACCACCCGGUGCUCAAAGAACAGGAUAUCCCUCCUAAUGUGGAGAAGGCCCUGAGACUCUUCGGCCAGCUCCUGAAUAAUAAGACCUUCCUGCUGACGUUCAUUCACACCCUCGAAAACCAGCGCAGCUUCUCCAUGCGGGAUCGGGGGAACGUGGCCUCUCUGGUCAUGGUGUCCCUCCAGGGUCGCAUGGAGUACGCCACUGUCCUCCUCAAGCAGCUGCUCAGUGACCUGAUAGAGAAGAACCUGGAGAGUAAGAACCACCCGAAGCUAUUGCUGCGCAGGACGGAGUCAGUAGCGGAGAAGAUGUUGACUAAUUGGUUUACUUUCCUGCUGUAUAAAUUCCUGAAGGAAUGUGCCGGAGAGCCGCUCUUCAUGCUUUUCUGUGCCAUCAAGCAGCAGAUGGAGAAGGGACCUAUAGACGCCAUCACUGGAGAAGCCCGAUACUCGCUUAGUGAAGACAAGCUCAUCCGCCAGCAGAUUGACUACAAAGUCCUGACCCUCAGCUGCAUUUGUCCAGACGGUGAGAACGGUACAGAGAUCCCAGUGAAGGCCAUCAACUGCGACACGGUGACCCAGGUGAAGGACAAGCUGCUGGAUGCUGUUUACAAGGGAAUUCCCUACACCCAGAGGCCGAAGGCUGAAGACAUGGACCUAGAAUGGCGUCAGGGACGCAUCACCCGCAUUGUUCUUCAGGAUGAGGACGUCACUACCAAAAUCGAGUGUGAUUGGAAGAGGCUGAACACACUGGCGCAUUACCAGGUCACAGACGGUUCUACCGUGGCUCUGAUUCCCAAGCAGGUGUCCGCCUACAACAUCACCAACUCAUUCACCUUCACGCGCUCCCUCAGCCGGUACGAGAGUCUACUACGGACCUCGAGCAGCCCCGAUAGCCUGCGCUCCCGAGCCCCGAUGAUCACGCCUGACCAGGAGACCGGCACCAAACUCUGGCACCUGGUCAAAAAUCACGACCACACGGACCAUAAGGAGGGCGACCGGGGCAGCAAGAUGGUUUCGGAGAUCUACCUUACCCGCUUAUUGGCUACUAAGGGAACCUUGCAGAAGUUUGUGGACGACCUGUUUGAGACGGUGUUCAGCACAGCGCACAGGGGCAGCGCCCUCCCGCUCGCCAUCAAGUACAUGUUUGACUUCUUGGACGAGCAGGCCGAUCGAAGGCAGAUUACAGACCCAGACGUCCGGCACACGUGGAAAAGCAACUGCUUGCCGCUCCGAUUCUGGGUGAACGUCAUAAAGAACCCGCAGUUUGUCUUCGACAUCCACAAGAGCAGCAUCACCGACGCCUGCCUGUCCGUGGUGGCCCAGACCUUCAUGGACUCUUGUUCCACCUCCGAACACCGGCUUGGCAAAGACUCGCCGAGUAACAAGCUGCUCUACGCCAAGGACAUCCCGAACUACAAGACUUGGGUGGAGCGGUAUUACAGAGACAUCAACAAGUUGGCGGCCAUCAGCGACCAGGAUAUGGACGCCUACCUGGUGGAGCAAUCCCGGCUGCACGCCAACGAGUUCAACUCGCUCAGCGCUCUCAGCGAGCUCUUCUUCUAUGUGAACAAGUACCGGGAAGAGAUCCUCACCUCCCUGGAUCGCGAUUCUUAUUGCCGGAAGCACAAGCUGCGGCAGAAGCUGGAACAAGUUAUUAACAUGGUCUCCAGUAACAGCUGAAUCAUGUGAAAACCCCCCAUCUCUGUCCCUUCUUGUUCCCUCAACCUCCACUACCCCCGGACCCCAAGAUGAAUCAGAAACUGAUAGGUAGGGGCCCGACCGGAGGCCGACAUUACCACAAGGUGACGGGCAAACGUGCAAAAGCUAUGGCACUGCCGCAGAGACUCAACACGAGCCGCCGAUGGGACCUGUGCGACCAGUGCCUGAAUCCUAUACCCAGGUCAACAGCAGAUCUUCACCAGCCAUGGCACGGCACGUCCCAUGGCAUGCCCGCCUCCUCUAUUCUCCUGUGUCCGCGUGACAAGGUGCCCGUCUUUCAGUGCCUUGUGCUUUGGGAGAAGCAGAGCAAGUGACUGCACACCGCUGUAAUAAUAAUUGCUGACCACUGGGUGGUGCCAGUGCGCACAACAAGGUGCAAGCUCUGCCUGACUCCUUAAAGGGACCGCGUCCUCACCCACCACCCCCACUGGUCCCUAGACUGCCGAUCAGGAGCAGAGACCCAGUGAGGACAUUCUGGAUUUGGUGAAGCCAUAUGACUCAGAGGGACACCUGCCCCCUCCCCCACCCCUGUGUUUGUGACGAUCCACUAAUAAUCUCAGUGCACUAUUGUACCCCCCCGGUUUAUUGCUGCUCCUCAUAUGUGUUUUCAGUGCAUCCCCUUCCCGAGCAGGUGGAGCUACUACAUAUCUGUGACGUGAAACGAGGGGAUCCCGAAAUUAGGUUUCCUAGGUAGGAGGGACCCCCGUUAUGUUAAUGAGAUUUUGUGCCAUGCGAUACCAGUGCCGUUUUGUUUGCAGGUGGAUGCGAGCGGGCGUGCGGUUUUCCCACAUCCCCUCCUUUGUAAAUCAUGUCCUGUGGAAAGACCGGAGUCAGGAAACGCGUCGUCGGGUGGCAGAGAGGGAUUGGCAGCCGGCAGUAGCCUCUUAUGUUCUUCUGCCGUGCCUCCUGAUUUUUAACCCUUCACUUUGCCGUCCCUCCGAGUUCGUUCCGGGCUCUUGUUUUGUUUUAUUUUUUUUUUAGACCUUGCUUUUUAUAUUUAAUUUUAUUUAUUUAAUUUAUUCCUCCAGUGUUUUUAUAAGAGAACCCGUCCGAGGCGCGAAUGUGCGAGUGCGAUUGUGAGGUGACGCCUCCCCCCCCCUCCCCCGUGGUGUGAGGUGUUACGUGGCAGGGAGCGUUCACUGCCAUGAGCUUGAGUGCGUGUGAUCAGCCCCCCCUCACCCCACUCCCAGAACCCAGGGGUGGGGGGCAGUCAGGACUGCCAGCCAAUUGCUUGCGCCACCCCAGCGGGGGGGAGGGGGGCACAAACCAAAGCAUCUACUAGAAAGCAAUAAGGAUCCACCAGGAACCCACACGCUGGCAUCUCAUUGCUUGUUAGCAACACCCCCUCCCCCACCUGGGCAGUCGCCGCCUGACCACCCAUUUUGAUACCCAUUGACGCUUAUCAAGAUAAGGUUUUGUCCCUGUGCCAGGCCUUUCCUGCUGCUUCCCCACCCUCUAUGGCUGUGUGACAUACCGCGUCUGUCUGCCACCCUCAUGCCCGUCACCAGGUUGCACCCGUAGGUACCUGAACCCCCUCCCUCCCUGGGUGAUGGGUACAUGACUGCCAAUGUUCUUUGUUGCCAAACUGGAAACAUUCCAUAGUCGUGUUGGUGCGUGCGUGUGUGUGUGCGUGCGUACCUACCCGGCGAUACCUCGCUCGCGCAGGGUUCCCUCCGUAUGUAAAUAUGAAGAAGCAUAUAUAUACAUAUAUAUAUAUAUAUAUAUAUUUUGUAAAUCUGUGCCACUGUCCUGUAUCCCCUCCCCCCCCCCCCCCCUCAUCCUCCAUAACCCCCUUCACUGUCCGUAACCAUUUCUGCCGGAAGGAAUGGCGACCUGCUGGGAUGUGUUCUUGUCCAGCAUCCAAGGAGUUAAAAAAUA